AUGUCUUGUCAGAAAGGUAACAUCGGUAGAACACGCAAACAAAAAUAUCAAAAUGUAUCAAAAUUUAAAAAUAAUAUGUUUGAUACAAGUAAAAUGACCAAAGAAAUCAAUGCCAUCGAACAUAAAGGUGUUUGUGAUCAUUGUAAAGGAGUUCUUGAAUGGAAAGUACAUUAUAGAAAAUAUAAACCAUUAACACAAGCAAAGAAAUGUGUUCGUUGCCUGGAAAAAAAUGUUAUUCGCGCUUAUUACAUCAUGUGUGAUGAUUGCGGAGCUAAAGAUAAUCUUUGUUGUAAAUGUGGACUAAGUCAAGAUGCACCUAUUCCACGACCUGUUCCUGCUGUUGAAGAAGAACGCGAACAAGCAGAAUUUGAAGUUGAUAUUAAAUUUCUUCGAGAGAGACAAAGACGUAAAUUUCAUCGAUUAAUGAAACAAGGAAUGUCCGGCGAAGAAGCUCUAGCAAAACUCAAUGUUACUCCGAACAAACAAGCGAAUGGUGGUGAUGGCGAGGAUGAUGAAGAUGAUGAUGAUGAUGAUUCGGAUCUCGAUGAAGAUAAUUCAACUUGA